AUGCGGGGGGAUGUAGAGCGGUUGAAAGGCGAACUACAACAAGCAGCGGAGCAGUUCGCAGUGGCAGAGAAGGCCAGAGCCGAUUUGUCGGUUAAGUAUGAAAUCCUGGAAAGGGGAAAGGCUGCUUUGGAGGGGCAAUUUGAGGAGAGGGAGAAGGAGAGAGCGGAUUUGGUUGGGAGGUUGGAGGAGUGUGAGAGGAGGUUGAAGGAGGAAGAGGAAGGGAGGAGGGAAGAAAAGCAGAAACGGAAAGAGGAGAAGGAGAAGCGGAAGGAGGAGGAGGGGAAGAGGAAGGAGGAGAAGAAGAGGAGGAAAGAGGCGGAGGAGGAAUUGACACGUGUCCAGCAGCGAUUGGAGGAAGCGGAGGCCAAGUGUGAGAGGAUCGAGGGGGGGAGUGCUGGUGCAGCUGCAGCAGAGGAAGGGGGCGGGUCAUUGGAUGGAAGACAAAGUGAAGGGGGGGACGGAAUCAGUGUAGCAAAUGAGAGGAACAAUGAGGCUAGUGGAAAGGUAAACCCUGGCAUUGGCAGUGUACAUGAGCUUGAAAACGAGGAGAAAGAGUCAAGUGCACGCUUGGCAAGCCUUGAACUGCGCGCCGUGAGAGCAGAGGGAGAGGCGGAGGGUUUGAGGCGUGAGCUGGAAGCUGUGAAUGCCACGCUGGCAGGUACGAGUGCCAGGCUGGCGGAUACGAGUGCCAGGCUGGCGGAUACGAGUGCCAGGCUGGCGGAUACGAGUGCUGAGCUGGCAGAUAUGAAUGGACGGUGGACAGAAGCACAAGCACACGUGGAUGAGUUUGGAGAAAGGGGAGUGAGGGAGAAGGGAAACGGGGAGGUGGAUGACGUAGGAGGAGGGAGCGAAGAAAGGAGGAAGGGGCAUGAGGAGAAGUGGAAGGGGAAUGGCGGGGAGGGUGGGGGGGAGAACAUGGAAGCAGAGGUGGAAGCAACACCUCUCUAUCUUGAGGAGUGUCUCAAAGAGCCUCAGAAGGUGGAAGUGUUGCUUCCCAAGACGGAAUCGUCACCUGGAAAGAUGGACGUGGAAGCGGAGCUUCAGUUUCUGCGCAACCUGAGGGAAGAUCUGGAGAGGGAGUUGGACUCUCUGCGCAUUCUUCAGCUCGAUUGCAAGCCACAGGCCGAGCCCCCUGUUGCUGAUUUGGAUAAGGCUUGUCUCGAAUCUGAGGGAAACCAGAAGGCUGAAGCAGAGAUAGAGCGACUGCAGGCCGUGAGAGGAGACCUAGAGAGGGAAUUGGAGGACUUGUAUUUGGAGUUGCAACGAGAGCAGGAGCUCUCAGCCGAAGCAAGCCUUUUAGCAGAGAAGGAGUGGGAGCGGCGGCAGGAGGCAGUGAAAAUGCUGUCUCAGCUGGAAAGACAGCUAGGGGAGGCGUUUGGGGGAGCGGUGACUGUGGCUGAAGGGGGGGUGGUGGUUGAUGCUAAUGGAAGGCCGAUGUCGCCGCUGGUGGGGAGUUUGAGUGGGCCGGGAGCGGUGGGGAGGGAUGGCAGGGCAGGGGGAGCGGGAGGGGCGUUUGUGUCGCCGCUUGGCGGGCCGCGAUUGGAGGGUUCUAGUGGGGAGGAUAGGGAAAGCUGGCCGUAUUUAUGUGGUGGUGGGGAGGAGGGAGCGGAUGGGGGAGUUGAGGGGGAGAUGGGAGGAAUGAGAAGGGUGCUGUUUGGAAUAGAGGAGCACGGGGAGGAAGAGAGUGCAGCAGCGGGAGAAGAAGAACUGGCUUCUUCGCUUGCCGUAGCAGCCACAGGCACAGCAUCAAGUGUGGUUGAGCGGUUUAGCUUAGAGAAGAAAGAGCUUUACAAAAGGGCAGGGGAGGGAGACGGGAAGAAUGGGGAUGGGGAUGGGGAUUGGGAUGAGAUUUGGAGUGAGGACGAUGACGAAGAGCUUGAGGUGAGGCAUAGGGAAGGUCAGAGGCAGGAAAAGGAAACGGAGGGGGUAGAGAAGAGGGAGGAAAGGAGGAUGGAGCAGUCUUGGCGGAUGGAUUGGCCACGGUCACUCACGGAUGGUAAACUGUCUAGUGAGGACGAUCAGCGUGCACAGAUAGACUCUGACCCAAAUCACGGUCCCAACUCUAACAGUGAGGAGAAUAUCAUCCGCAGUGGCGCCCCCAGCACCAGCACUAGCACCAGGCCACUGCUGCUCGUCCGCCCUCCCCCUCGCACGCUCCCUAGAGCCACAUCCGAUUUAGUCACAUACGUGCGGGACGCCAAGACGGCCCUGCGCCUGCCCUCCUCCCCAGGAGAAGACGAGUUUUUCAGCACUAAACUGCCGGAAUUGAGGAGGAGAAUGACGGGUGAGGGGCCGCAAAACUCGCCUCAUAGGUCCUCCUCUCCUGGGGAAGACGAGUUUUGUAGCGCUAAGCUGCCGGAAUUGAGGAGGAGAAUGACUGGUGAGGGGCCUUAUAGAUCAUCUUCUCCUCGUGAAGAUGAUUUUUUCAGUGUUAAGUUGCCUGAGUUGAGAAGAAGAAUGAGUAACUUUUCGCCCCUGCACUCACCCCUGGCCCAUUUGAGAGGGAUGCACCUGGAUGGGGAAGGGGGCGCUGAGGUGGCAGCAUCGUUUUCGAGGGGGAUACCUGGUGGUGCCGCUGCUGGUGGGGGUGGGAGUGGUGGAGCUGGAGAUGGUUCAGGUGGUUCUAUUGUUUCAGGUGCUUCGUCAGGUGAAAACGGCACUCCUGGCUGUCGCGUAAAGUCUCGUUUGGCUAGCGUGGCUGAAUGCAGUGGCGAUGAUAAGCAUGAGGAGGGGGAGGCGGAGGGGGGGGCGGAAGGGAAGAUGCAAGGGGAGGCGGAAGGGGAGAGGAACAGUAAGGGAUCAGCCCAUUGGGAUGGGCAGGAGGAAGGGGAUGGAGGUGGAGGAGGGAGGAGCUUUGCAGGAGCAGCAGGGGAAGCAGGAGGUAUGGAGAAUUGUUGGGUUGAAGCUGAUGGAAAAGGCAGGGAGAAAAGAAGAGAGGAUGUGAGAGAAGGGGGAGAAGUUGUAGCAACAGCAGGAGCAGCAGUAGUGGCAACAGCAGCUGGAGGAGCAGCAGGAGCCUCACCAGAUGCACCUGUAAAUGUUCCUCAAAUCACCCCAGAAAUGGAUCACAGCAGCCUAGAGACGACUCAAAUCAGCCGAAACGCGGGUCACAGCAGCCCAGACGCAGCCCCAGACAUCACCCAUAACGCAUUCUCAUUCACAGCCCCUGCAAGCCCCCAUCCCGGCAGUAUAGGCUCCUCUCUGAACAAGGCCUUCCGCCGAGCCUCCACGUACUCUGGCCGAGCCUAUCCCGAUCCAAACCAGCCCUCUUACUCCUCUACCACCACCCUCCUUUCCUCCCACUCUGCUCGUGAUCUUUCCUAUUCUCAAGAUCCCUCCUCUCCCACUCGCACCACCAAAGAACCCUCUCCUCUCACCACCUCGUUUUCGGCGCUUGAUGAGGCUUCUUCUCCCAACUCAGCCCGAGUAGUGUCCUAUUCAGGGCAGCCCUUUUCCUAUGCCAGUCAGAUGGUCGUUGCUCCUAGGGAGGUGCAGGAUGACUCUUCAGGGAGCUUCAACAGAGCUGUUUCCUACACAGGGGGUUUCAACAGAGCGGAUUCGCACUCAGGUGCUUUCAACAGAGCGGAUUCGCACUCAGGUGCUUUCAACAGAGCGGGCUCGCACUCAGGUGCUUUCAACAGAGCAAGCUCUUACACAGGUGGUUUCAACAGAACUGGUCCAGAUGGGGGACUGCUGCUGACCUUCGGGGGACUAUUAGGAGGAGAUUUCUCAGCAACAGAGACAACAGGUGGAGCAGAUGAGGAAGAAGACUUGGAAGAAUUUGGGAAAGGAGAGGAGGAGGAAGAGAAGGAGUUGGUAGACGUUGGAUUGGCUGAUGAUGAAGUCCAAAGCUGGGAUGACUCUCUUUACAAUAUGCAGGAACUUUUAGCUAAGCACCAGACUGGUUUUCUCCAUGUAUUACUGCAGAUGCUACAGCUGACAGUGGCGAAGCGGGAAAGCGAGUCAGCAUCAGCCUCUGCCGCCGCUACAGCUGCCGCUACAGCCGUUUCGGCUGCUGAGAGGGAGAAAGCGGAGUGGGAGGUGGAGCAGGUAGUAUCUGCAGUGUUCAGGGAGGUGCAUAACGUGUUGCAUGUGAAUGGUGUGGGCAGGGUGAGAAGGAAGUUUAGAGGGGUGGCUAAGGAAGGGAACGCAGCAGCAACGGCUGCAGCUGCAGUGAAAGAAGAUUUGGAGCUGUUGGUCCGGGCAGUUGAAGCGAAAUCUCGGGCAGCCAUGAGAAGAAAUGCAGCUGGUCUGGUCCCUCCUGCUCCCAGGCGUCUAGUGAAGGAUGGGAGUGGGAGUGGGGGAGGCAGAGGAGGAGAAAAAGGCGGUGGAGGAGGGUGGGGGAUAAGCAGCAGCAACGGCAUGUGGAGCAUCGGGCAGAGUAUCCAGUCGGCUGCUCUGUCUAUAACUCGCUCUCCCUCUGUUGCCGCCGGUCCUUCUGUUGCCAGUACUCCUACCAUGAGUAGAUCUUUGUCAGCUGCUGAACCUCCUUCUGUUGUCUACUCAGCCGGGACUCACAACGCCUCACUGAGUAUCUACAGAACAGCUUCGGUGGUGACGACUGAGGCGUCCACUGCUGGUAACACGCCUGUUGCGCAUGUGGUUACCAUCGCCCGAACCUCGUCCGCAGCCUCGGGAAUGUCUACUGAUGGUAACACGCCUGUGGCCCGGGCUGUGGGGGAUAUGGCAGGAGGAAUGCCGAUGUCCCAUGGGGGAGCGGUUCAGAUGGAUGGCAUGUCAGGGGAAAUGGGUGGGGAGCGGUCAAGCGCUCUGACCAUCUACCGAACGCCAUCUAUGGCUGAGAUGUCGACUACUGGUAACACUCCAGUCGCGCAUGCGGUUACCACAGCAUUUGUCGGCGGGUUCAAUGUAUCGGGUCUCCUCGGGUUGGCUUCGGCAAGGCUAGCUGCGGCCACCUCUGCUGCUGCUACUCCGUCUGCUGCUGCUACUCCUGGUGCUGCUGCUUUCUCUACUACUGGUAACACCCCUGCUGCCUCAACUGCUGGUAACACACCCAUCGCCCAAGCCUUGGGCAGUCCGAACCAUUUUGCGAACAGUCAUCAAGUGUCACCGGUAACCACCCCUGUAACCGUGGAUGCUUCGACUGGUGGUAACACUCCUGUCGCACAGGCAGUCACUGCAAGAAGGAGUGGUGGUAACACACCUGUCGCACGUGCGGUUACCACAAGCAGCGGUGGUAACACUCCCGUUGCACGGCCGCUGACGCUGAGGGGAGGGGAGAAGGUGGAGCAGGAAAGGAGCGCAGAGGAGGAGAGGGGGGAGGGAGAUAGAGGGGAGAAGUACGGGGAAGAGAGAGGGGGAGAAGGGGAGAUGGAGGAGGUUUUGUUUGUGAGGGAGGUGGUAGCUGGGGAUGUGGUGGUACACCACCAUGUGGACUCUCUCACGCGCUCCCUCACAACUGCUUCCCCAAAACCCAAACCCUUGGGGCUGACUUUUGAGGCGCCUCAAAGAGCGCGCGAUGUUGACUCACUCGCUCGCUCCUUCACCCCAGCUACUUAUGAGAACUCUGAACAAAAUUCCAAUGCCUUUGACCUGACGGCAGAGACCCCUCCUGUGCUGGCACCUGGAAUCAGGCAAGGAGGAGGGGAGCAGCGCUUCUUUCAUCCUUUGACCAGGCAGGAAGAGAGGGAGCGGAGCAGGAUGCAAGACGAUGAUUCGUUGCGCAUUUUGAGACAGGAUGCGUGGGGGAGGCGAGAGGCAGCUACCAGGCUGUAUAGGGAAACCCCUGCUACAAGGCUGGAUAGAGGGAGAAACCGAAGCUCGGAGGAGGAAUAUUCCCAGCCAGCUUCAAGGCUGGAUGCCCACCCUUUGCCUGCUCGCCCCAUGACCGCCGUGCCUAGAGAUCGGUCCCACUACACAGCAGUAAGGGAUGGGAGUGGCAGGCCGGAUUUUGAGCCGGCUAGAAGAGCGAUUGGGGGCGGGGCUAGCAGUGGGAUCGGGAGUCGGCACCAGCCAGGUACCAGGCUGGAUUCUCAUCAUCCCUGGGGGAGCCAUGAGCCUGCUGCCAGGCUGGAUACAGUGAGGAGUCAAAGCAUAGACGAAUACCACCAGCCCCGGCCGCUUGCGUGGGGGAGUCGUGAGGGAGAUGGAGCUACCAGGCUGGAUAGGGAUAUCCCUGCCAGGCUGGAUAGGGAUAUCCCUGCCAGGCUGGAUAGAGGGAGGAAUCAAAGUUUGGAGGAGGAAUAUUCCCAGCCAGCUUCAAGGCUGGACGCCCACCCCUUGCCUUCUCGGCCCAUGACCGCUCUGCCUAAAUCCAGGUCGACUUUUGAGCCGGCUAGAAGAGCGAUUGCGUCUGACGUGAUUCUUGAGACGAAUCAUAGGCAGACUGAUAGAGCAAUUGCUUUUGAUUCGCCCCAAGAGCUGUCUAGAAGAGCGAUUGCUUAUGACGCGCCUCAAAGGGUAGAUGCUGCUGCCCACCCCUUGCCUGCUCGCCCCAUGACCGCCCUGCCUAAAUCCAGGUCGAAUUUUGAGCCGGCUAGAAGAGCGAUUGGGGGCGGGGCUGGUAGUGGGGUUGGGAGGGCGAGUGCGCUGCUGUACAGACCUGGAGGUCAAAGGGGAGGAGUGGGGGGACGGGGAGGAGGGAGUGGAGGGAGGGGUGGUAGGCAGGAGGAGCAAAGCACAGGCAUAGGUAGUGAGAGAAUACAAGGAAGGGGUGAUUCAGCUGUUUUACCUCUGGACUCUGCUGUACCAGACCGAACCGCUCGGCUUGGGACCGAGGCUAGUGGUUUGGCGAGUAGCCGGCAGGUUUGGCAAGGGAGUGUUCGGGACAGUGGGUCUAGUUCUCAGGAGCCGCACAAGGGGAGUGUUAGAGAUGGUGUGAUGGAGAGUCUGAUUUCCGAAGCUGCUGCAGCAGCUCAGGACACUGUUCGGGACAUUGUCUCUUUCUGGGCGGCAGGUGCUACGGCAGGAGCGGCAGGUGCUGUAGCAGGUCGUGAGACUGUAGCGGCAGGAGCGGGUACUGUAGCACUGCCACGGAGGCCCGCUACAGCCGCAGCGGGCGGCAGGGUUCGUCCUGUAGGGGGCUGGCAGGGCUGGAGGAUGGGAGGGAGAGGAGAGGGGUUGGGUGGAGUGGGGAUGGGUGAUGGGCAGGGAAACAACAGAGAGCAACCAUGGGGUAGCAGGGCGGAGAGUCAAGAGAGAGAAGGGAGAGGAAGCAAAGAAGAACCAUGGGGCAGCAGGGCACAGGUUCAAGAGACAGGAAGGCAGACGGGAAGGGAGGAUCCGUGGGGAGGGUCGUAUCAAGAUAGACGAGGUUUGGGUGAUAGAGGUGGAGUGGAGGAGAGGAAAGGUGGAGCGGAUGUUUGGACGCUUGAGGAAGAAGAGGAGGUGGACGGGGAGGAGGGUAAGGAGGAGGAUGGGGAAAGUGGUGAAGGGAAUGUGCAUGUGAGGCUUGAGAGGAAGCAGCAGCAGCAGCAGCAGCAACAGCAGCAGGAUAAACAUUCCUCCUCUGCCUCCUCUUCUGCCUCCCCCGCUGCCGCACCGGGUGCUGUCGUCGCUGCUGCUGCUGCUGCUGCUGCUGCAAGUUCUCCAGUCACAGCAGGUGACAUAGCAGGUGACACAGCAGGUGACACAGCAGGUGACACAGCAGGUGACACAGCAGGUGACACAGCAGGUGACAUAGCAGGUCAUUCACACUCCCUGUUGCUAGAGCCGUCCAAGGUUGUAGCAGCUGUGGCAAGGGCUGCUGCUACAACCCUUGCAGCUGCUACAGGCGUUGGCGCUGGGACUCAUGCUGGUCCAGGAGAGAAAAAGAAAUUGUUCAAGGGAGGAAUGGAUAAUAAGGAGAGGCUUUCAGGGGGUGUGGUGAAGGAAGAGAGUGACUCAGGUUUUGGGGGACGAGGUGUGCAAAGGGUGGUGGUGAAGCGAGGUUCGAUGAAAGGGGAAGCGAGGGAAAGUGACAGCUCGAGUGAGGGAGAGGAAGGGUGGAGUGAUAUGGAGGAGGAGGAAGAGGAAGAGAAGGAGGAGGAGGAGGAGGAAGAGGAAGAGAAGGAGGAGGAGGGAGAGGAAGAGGAGGAGGAUGGCGAAGCAUCAUGGAGUGCUGAUGACGAUAGUGGUGAUGUUGACGCUGGGGGUGAUAAGGAGGAGGCAGGGAGGAAGGAGAAUGAGGAGGAACUGAGGAAUGAGGAGAAAGUUGAGCUUGUAGUGAUGGAAGUAGAGGGUCAGGCAGAAGAGAUGAAUAAGGUGGAGGCGGAGAGUGGGGUGAAGAGGGAGGCUAGGGAUGGGGAUGGUGAUAGUGGUGGUGAUGGUGGUCGUGAUGAUGGUGGUGAUGGUGGUGGUGAUGGUGGCAAUGCCAAUGGUGUUGAUGGUGGCAAUGCCAAUGGUGUUGAUUAUGCUGAGGAUUUGUGGAGUGAUGUUGAUAGUGGUGAUGAUGACGAUGCUGAUGACGAUGCUGAUGACGAUGCUGAUGACGAUGCUGAUGACGAUGCUGAUGACGAUGCUGAUGACGAUGCUGAUGACGAUGCUGAUGACGAUGCUGAUGACGAUGCUCGAGGAAACGAGGAGUGGGGUGAGCAGGAGGAUGGGGCAGAAGAACAAAAGGAAGAGGUGAAGGUAGAGAGUGGAGGAGAGAACAAAGUGGAGGGAGGGGUGAGGAGAGGAGCAGAGGUGGGCGAGGGGGGAGAGGAGGGAGGAGAGAAGAGAGUAGAGGGAGGGGCACGGAGAGGAGCGGAAGCAGUGGAGGGAGAAGAGGAGAGAGGAGGGAAGAGCGAAGAGGGAGAGGAAGGCAGGGGAGUGGAGGAAGCAGGGGUGGAAGGAAAACGGAUCGGAAGUGCAUCUGAGGUACUGGAGGGUACAGCCGGGGAAGAAUUCUUUGAGGCGCCUCAAAAGGAAGCAGGGGAGGAAGGAAAACAGAUCACAAGUGCAUCUGAGGUUCUGGCGGGUAGAGCUUGGCAAGAAAGGGGGGUAGUGGAGGUCACUGAAAUUUCAACACCUGUGAUUCUCCUUACACCUGGCAGCAUGAUAGGUUCGCCUUCCGUGGCAGAGGCAUUGGGUGAGGCGCCUCAGAAACCUGACGGCAUGACAGGUCCCCCUUCCUUGGUAAACACGGGUUGUGAGGCACCUCAGAAACCUGGCAGCAGGAUUGGUUCUCCUCCCUUGGUCGACACGGAUUGUGAGGCACCUCAAAACCUAGGCAGCAUUAUAAGUUCUCCUCCCUUGGCAGAGGCAACGGGUGAGGCGCCUCAAAAACCUGACGGCAUGAUAGGCCCUCCUUCCUUGGCAGAAGAAAUGGGUGAGGCGCCUCAAAAACCUGACGGCAUGAUAGGCCCUCCUUCCUUGGUAGAGGAACGAUCUAGGGGCGGAUUGGAGGAAGGGAAAGAGCAGGAGGAGGAGGUGGGGAAGGACGGGAGGGACGAGGACGAGUGGAGUGGGAUAGAUGAGGAAGAUGAAGGGGAGGCAAUGGGGGAGGCGUCUCGACAGCCAGGCAGCAUGCUUGGUUCUCCUCUCUUGGUAGAGGAACCAUCCAGGAACAGUUUGGAGGAAGGGAAAGGGCAGGAUGAGGAGAUGGGAAAGGCGGGGAGGGAAGAGGACGAGUGGAGUGGGGUUGAUGAGGAGGAUGAAGGAGAGGCAAUGGGAGAGGCGCCUCAACAGCCAGGCAGCACGCUCGGCUCUCCUUCCUUGGAGGAAGGGAAAGAGCCGGAGGAGAAGGUGGGGAAGAAUGGGAGGGAAGAGGAUGAGUGGAGUGGGGUUGACGAGGAGGAUGAAGGGGAGGCUGAUGCAGAGGAAGGACAGCCAGAUGAGCAAAUGGAAGAGUCUGUUUCUGAGGCGCCUCAAGAGCCACCUGUCCGCUUGAUUGGUUCUCCUAUCCUGGUACAGGAGCGAUCUGGGAGGAGUGUGGAGGAAAGGGAAGGGCAGGAAGAGGAGGUGGGGGAAGAGGGGAGGGACGAGGACGAGUGGAGUGGGAUUGAUAAGGAGGAUGAAGGGGAGGAUGUUGCAGAGGCGGAUCGGCCGGACGAGCAAAAGAAAGAGUCUGUUUCUGAGGUGCCUCAACAGAACGAGGGACAGGAUGCGAAGGUGGGGAAGGAAGUGGCCGAUUGGAGUGGGAUUGAUGAGGAGGAUGAAGGGGAAGAUGGGCUGAAAGAGCGAAACGAAGAGUUUGUUUCUGAGGUGCCUCAGAUGAACGAGGAGGGAUGGAGUGAGAAGGAGGAUGAGAGGGAAGAGGACGAAUGGAGUGGGAUAGAUGAGGAUGAUGAAGGGGAGGAUGGGGCGGAAGGGCAAAAAGAGUCUGUUUCCGAGGGGCUUGAAACGAACGAGCAGGGACGGAGUGAGAAGGAGGUUGGGAGGGAAGAGCAAAACGAAGAGGUGCCUCAAGCGAAGGAGGGAUGGAGUGAGAAGGAGGAGGGGAGGGAAGAGGAUGAGUGGAGUGGGAUUGAUGAGGAGGAUGAAGGGGAGAAUGGGCCGGAGGGGCAAAACGUGGAGCCUGUUUCUGAGGUGCCUCAAAAGAGUGAGAAGGAGGGGAGGGAGGAAGAUGAGUGGAGUGGGAUAGAUGAGGAGGAUGAAGGAGAGGAUGGGUGUGACUCUGGUGAUAGCUUGGGGAGUGAAGAGGAUGAGGGUGGGGGUGGCGAAGAAGGCAAAGAGAGUGAGGAUGAGAGUGGGAGUGGGAGUGGGAGUGACAGUGGGAGUGGGAGUGGGAGUGCGAGUGGAAGUGGGAGUGAGGUUGGGAGUGGGAGUGGGAGUGGGAGUGAUGGGGAGGAGAGCACACUAGACAUGAGCAGUGUUGGUACCAUGGAACUGGAGGAGGAGAGCGACGAAGACGAGAUCGAAGCGCCAGAGCGUGAUGCGCGAAACAGUGAGGUGCGAGGGAGUGAGGUGCAAGAGAGUGAGGUGCGAGGGAGUGAGGUGCAAGGGAAUGAGGUGCAAGGGGGUGAGGUGCAAGGGGGUGAGGUGCAAGGGAGUGAGGUGCAAGGGAAUGAGGUGCGAGAGAGUGAGGUGGGGACUAAUGAGGGAAGGAAGGGUGAGGGAGAGAAGAGUGACGGAAGGAAUGGGGAGGGAACGAAGAGUGGUAGAAAGCAACAGGACCACAAUGGCAGGGAUGGGGAAUGCAGCAAGCAAGAUGAUGCGAGUGAUGUUGCUGGAGCGCCGCAAACAGAGGAGGCAUGA